UUGGCGCGCUUGCGCAUGCCUUGGGGUUGCCUUUGCUCGCUCGCUCGCUGUGACCGGCCUCACGUAGAGCCGAGCUGCCGAGGCUUCCAUUGCCAGGAUCUGAGGGGCCGCCUCCAGAGGCCGGUGGUGGGCGGGAUCCCGGCCCGUAUAAGCAUUCCGAAAGGGGCCUGCUGCCUUGGGCUAAGUCUGCGGCUGGACCGAGAGAGAGAGAGACGGAGGCGCGCUUGUCUCUUGAGGUGUGUGUUAAUCGGAGAAAAUAAAAUGGUGCCCACAAAGUCCUGGUGUCUUCUAGUCCUUUUUGUUGUACUGCCUUCUUCUUAUACCUAUACAGAUUUCUUCACUUCUAUUGGGCACAUGACAGACUUGAUUAAUACUGAGAAAGAUCUGGUGACUUCAUUGAAAGACUACAUCAAGGCUGAAGAAAGCAAGCUGGAGCAGAUUAAGAAAUGGGCAGAGAAAUUGGAUAAGUUGACAGACACUGCAACAAAAGACCCAGAAGGAUUCUUGGGGCAUCCUGUGAAUGCCUUCAAGUUAAUGAAGCGGCUUAAUACAGAGUGGAGUGAACUAGAGAAUCUAGUCCUGAAGGAUAUGUCUGAUGGAUUUAUUUCCAACAUGACUAUUCAGCGCCAAUAUUUUCCUAAUGAUGAAGAUCAAACUGGAGCUGCCAAAGCUCUCUUACGGCUCCAGGAUACAUAUAAUUUAGAUACAGACACAAUCUCUAGAGGGAAUCUUCCAGGAGUGAAACAUAAGACAUUUCUUACAGCUGAAGAUUGCUUUGAAUUGGGCAAAAUUGCAUACACAGAGGCAGACUACUACCAUACAGAAUUGUGGAUGGAGCAAGCUCUGAAACAGCUGGAUGAUGGAGAAGUUUCAUCGUCCAUUGAUAAGGUUUCUGUUCUAGACUACUUAAGUUAUGCUGUUUACCAGCAGGGAGAUCUCGACAAAGCAAUGAUGCUUACAAAACGGCUACUUAAGAUAGAUCCAGAACAUCAGCGAGCAAAUGGCAACUUGAAAUACUUUGAAUAUAUCAUGUCUAAAGAAAAGGAAAAGGAAGCAAACAAGUCUGUUGCCCAAACAGAUGAGCAGACUGAGAAAGAAAGCAAGACAAAGAGAAAAGGACCUUCCAAGGAUUAUCUACCAGAAAGACAGAAAUAUGAAAUGUUGUGCCGUGGUGAGGGUCUCAAAAUGACUCCAAGAAGACAAAGAAAACUUUUUUGCCGCUAUUAUGAUGGGAACAGGAAUCCCAGGUACAUCUUGGGACCUGUCAAACAAGAGGAUGAGUGGGACCUCCCUCGGAUUGUUCGUUUCAUUGAAAUAAUUUCUGAUGAAGAGAUAGAAACUGUCAAAGAGCUUGCAAAACCAAGGCUGAGCCGAGCUACUGUGCAUGACCCUCAGACUGGGAAACUGACCACAGCCCAUUACAGAGUCUCUAAGAGUGCCUGGUUGUCUGGUUAUGAACACCCUGUAGUGGCACGUAUUAAUGCAAGAAUACAGGAUCUAACCGGACUGGAUGUUUCUACAGCAGAAGAGCUGCAGGUAGCCAACUACGGCGUAGGAGGCCAGUACGAGCCUCAUUUUGAUUUUGGAAGGAAAGAUGAGCCAGAUGCCUUUAAAGAACUUGGUACAGGCAAUAGAAUUGCUACUUGGCUAUUUUAUAUGAGUGAUGUGUCAGCAGGGGGAGCAACUGUAUUCCCUGAAGUAGGAGCGAGUGUUUGGCCUAGGAAGGGAACAGCUGUCUUUUGGUACAAUCUUUUUGCAAGUGGAGAAGGCGACUAUAGCACAAGGCAUGCUGCUUGUCCAGUACUAGUAGGAAACAAAUGGGUAUCCAAUAAGUGGAUCCAUGAACGCGGGCAAGAGUUUCGAAGACCGUGUUCUUUAUCGGAGUUAGACUGAUACAGACCUUCCCAUCUCUUCUGGUGCAAACUACAUGCCCUUCCUACAUUGCAUUUAUUAAUAUCAACCGUUUACACUAACACUCCUCCUCUACAGCUCUUGUCUUCGGUACCAACCAGUGCUUUAUCCAUCAACAAAUACCUUAUCUACAGACAAACACCUUUGCUAAUAGCCCUUUUAAAUUGUUUUUAUAGAGAGAAUAUAUUUGAUUUCUAAUGUCUGUGAGUCAUCAUGGCCAAAAAAAAGAAAUUAUAGUAAUUUCUGUAGAGACUUCAUAAAUAUUUGCUGGUGGUAAAAUGGAUAUGGACAAACUGCUCUUUGUCAAGGACUUUGCUUGGAGAGUAAGAUAUGAUGCAUCACUUCUAUUCCUAUUCCUUAUUUUUAGAAAGCUUGAGCACUGAUACAAAACUGUGGACAGGGGCUGCAAGCCUCAUUGGAUUGACAUCCAGGGCAAAAUGUUCCAUUGAGUGCAAAGAUUAUAGUUUGUGUUCAUGGUCUGUAACGUCUAAUCUUGGGUGAAAAAUAUAGAUCCCUGGAUGGCUUUUUUCCAGUGUCACAAAAUUCUGACACAGAUGGUCUGCCUUUUCUUUUCUUGGAUAUGUCUGACAGAUGAAUCUGGUUGCUAACCCUAAGAAAUGAGCCAGUAUUUCUGCACAUAUACGUGGCUUGAACAGUAUUGUGGUACUUUCCUUUUGCACCUGCCAUGUUCAUGCUUACAGCUUGAAAAAAAGAAAAGGAUACUUGUUUUCCAGGUUGAAUUCGUACAUUUAUUAUAUCGUGAUUCAAUUUCAAACUUUAAAAAAAAAUGCUUGCUGCUUUUUCUUAGUUUGUAAUUAAUUUCAGUCCCUUGAAUCUAUGGAGGCAAGAAUGCCAUUGGCCUAAACAUGGAAUUGUGCCUUAGACUGAGAAUCAUUUUGUAUGAAACGAUUUAUAUGAUGUGAAAAUACACACUUCCAUUCCCAAAAUGCCAAGCCUUGUUUUACAAUGGAGUUGUUUUCAGACAAAGAUGAUAUAUUUAUAAUACUAAAUCUUUUGAAAGCUU